UGCUGCUGAAGGAGACUGAGUGGAACCGAGUCCCUUUAAGGACGGCUUUUCCCCCAAAACUUACCAGACCCACAAGCUCGGAGGGAGACACGUCCUGGGUGCUGGUUCCGUAAGGGUUUUUUCCAGGAAGUUGUGAGUGUAACCCCGCUUCUGCGUCUAGCGGCUGUUUGGACCUGCUUGGACUCAUUUAACGGAGAAAAAGCAGCAGAAUCCGCUCAUUCCUGAAGUUGACGGACCGUCGAGGUGGCAGAGGUAACGGUAUGUUUCAGAUAAAAAGGAUCUGUUGCAUUGGAGCUGGGUAUGUCGGGGGCCCAACAUGCAGCGUCAUCGCCCAGAUGUGUCCAGACAUCACUGUGACCGUCGUGGAUGUCAACGAGUCCCGCAUCAAAGCCUGGAACGCUGAUACGCUCCCCAUUUAUGAGCCGGGACUGCAAGAGGUGGUUGAGUCAUGCAGAGGGAAAAAUCUGUUCUUUUCUACAGACGUAGACUCGGCCAUCAGGGAUGCUGACCUCGUCUUUAUCUCUGUCAACACCCCGACCAAGACCUACGGCAUGGGGAAGGGUCGUGCUGCUGACCUGAAGUUCAUCGAAGCCUGUGCUCGGCGGAUCGUCGAGGUGUCUGAUGGCUAUAAGAUUGUCACGGAGAAAAGCACGGUCCCUGUGCGCGCCGCCGAGAGCAUCAGACGGAUAUUCGACGCCAACACCAAACCCAGCCUCAAUCUCCAGGUGCUGUCCAACCCAGAGUUCCUUGCAGAAGGAACCGCGGUCCGAGACCUGAAGGAGCCGGACCGUGUCCUGAUCGGUGGGGAUGAGACAGAGGAAGGACAAAGAGCCAUCAGGGCACUUUGUGCCGUGUAUGAAAACUGGGUCCCCAAAGCGCGAAUCAUCACCACCAACACGUGGUCGUCCGAACUCUCCAAGCUGGCUGCCAAUGCAUUCCUGGCACAGAGAAUCAGCAGCAUCAACAGCAUCAGCGCUCUGUGUGAGGCCACUGGCGCCGACGUGGAGGAGGUAGCCAAGGCCAUCGGCAUGGACCAGAGAAUCGGCAGCAAGUUCCUCAAGGCCAGCGUGGGUUUCGGCGGGAGCUGUUUCCAGAAAGAUGUCCUCAAUCUGGUGUAUCUGUGCGAGGCCCUCAACCUUCCUGAGGUGGCGUCCUACUGGCAGCAGGUUAUAGACAUGAACGAGUACCAAAGACGACGCUUUGCCUCCAGGAUCAUCGACUGUCUCUUCAACACUGUCACUGGAAAGAAGAUUGCUCUGCUGGGCUUUGCUUUCAAAAAAGACACAGGUGACACUAGGGAGUCGUCCAGUAUCUACAUCUCUAAGUAUUUACUGGAUGAAGGAGCCAAGCUGUUCAUCUAUGACCCCAAAGUUCUUAAGGAGCAAAUAAUUCAUGACCUCUCGCAGCCCAACAUCUCAGGGGACAACCCAGAGAGAGUGUCUGACCUGGUGACUAUAACCUCAGACCCGUACGAGGCUUGUCAGAGUGCGCAUGCGUUGGUCAUCUGCACUGAGUGGGACAUGUUUAAGGAACUCGACUACGAGAAGAUCUACAAGAAGAUGCUGAAGCCGGCCUUCGUGUUCGACGGCCGCAGGGUGCUGGACCACCUCCACUCCCAACUCCAGGGCAUCGGCUUCCAGAUCGAAACCAUUGGAAAGAAAGUGACGGCGGCGAGGAUUCCUUACACCAUGGGAGCUUCUUGUCCUCGCAUCACUGCUGGCGAACCUCCCGCCAAGAAGGCAAACGUCUGAAGCCGAUUUCUCCCCCACAUGACAUGACGCAUUCCUCUCUCAGCCUCGUCAGAGCUACAACAGGAGGCUGGAGGUCCCUCAACGAAGAGUCCUGCUCCUCUGUUGGCAAAAAGACUCUGACCAGAGGGGCCGAACGAGCAGCUAAUGGACACUUUAAUCAAAUGUGAUUAUUUUUAUGAUAAACCAUUCCAGAUUCUCCGUUUACUUUUUACAUUACAUGCUGCGCUUCAUUUAGCACAAAUCAAAGAUGAGCUGUCUGCUGUACGUGUUUUUAAAGAACUGUAUAUGCUACCUUUUUACAUGACCUACUGUAUACUUUUAGUAAUAUUCAAAAUUGCAGUUUUACAAAAAUAUUUUUAUAAAGCAUCUUGUAUGUCUUCUCUGUCGGACUGUUUCAAGGGCCAAUGCAAUAAAAGUGUGAGGUGUAUCCUUAAUUUGAGCUGUUGAUCAUUCAAAACAAGUGAAAACCACCAAAUUACGACUGAAGAUUUUUAAUACUUUAAAUACAAAUAUACAUUUU